AACUUUUUUGCCAUCAGCCCUUGCUGAAUUUUGUCGAGACAUGUUAUAUUAACAACUACACAUUGAAAGAUCAUUCAAAUCUCAGAAAUACAGUGAUAUUUUGGCAAAUUUAUAAAACUUUCACAAAUGGCUGAUAUUCUUGAUACUAUUAUUCCAAUUUUAUAUAGAGCUCAGUGUAUGACCGCGAUGCUAGUAGGAGUCUGGGGAGAGGAUCAAAAAUGGUAUUUUUCAAAAAUAAGAUUUUAGUCAUGUGGAGAAAAGGCUUUGCGAAAAACCUUUGCAAAUGUGAAAAUUUUGCAAGAUAGAGGGGUAAAUAUAACUCCUGAAACAGGAUGUUUUGUUGAGAAUGUUUAUGUGUUAUUGUAUGCAAUAGAGAUUGUUUAGUUUUGGCAAUAUACAUUGUGCAAAUCGCGUGAAUAUGUCGUCUCCUCAUCUCGGUGUUGGAACGGUGUCAACGGUGGCUAAAACUCUCCACGAUUUGCAGCUAGAAAUACAGGUAUAUUUAUAUAUCAUGCCUAUAUCUUUUUAAAUUGUUGUUUGAGAAUUUAACAAUACAGAUUAAUAAUAAAUCUCAGUUUGUUACUUUGUUAGUAAAUUGGUAAUUGUAACCUCAACCUGUCCCCUCCCCCCCCAGAUUUGAUGUUCAUUUUUGACAUUUGUGGGUUUAGUACGUUAAAAGUGGCAUGAAAGAAACAUUGACACUUUAUAGAAGCAAGAUCAACCUAAGUAGUAAAGUUCACCUAUUAUAGCUCAUUAGGGCCAUAAGCCAUUAUGCGCGAAUCAAAUCGAAACCUUGACAUCCCCCCCCCCCGGGCAUACCUGGGGAAUUUGCUUGUUUAGUAUUUUAAGAAGGCGGGAAUUUGACCUUUUUUCCUAGUGGAAGGUGGGGAAUUUGAAGGGGGUUGGGAAUUUGAAUUUUUCUUUUAAACACGUGUGCAGAAUCCAAAAUGGCGUCAAUGAUUAAUGGAUGAGUUCAAGGUCUUCAAGUGCAAAGGAAUUAACUUUGUCCUUGGUUGGCUACAAGAAAACGGCUUUGAACGAUUGAAGAGAGUUUUUGAAGGAAAGAAAAACUUUGAAAUUCCAAAAUUGCGAAAUGCUGUAGCUUCCAAUUUGUACAUGGGGUGGGGUAUUUGAACUCCAAUUUUCCCCAAUACGUGGUGUAUUUGAACGGGAAUUACAAAUAUAUGUAGGGAAUUUGACCUGACCAAAACGUCAAAAUCCAAAUUCCCGGGGGUAUGCUCGGGGGGGGGGAUGUCAAGGUUUCGAUUUGAUUCGCGCAUUAGUUGCUUGGCUUGAAUAGAUUGUAAAUUAUUGUAUCUUCUUGAAUCUUUGCAAACGUCUCGUAUAAGUGGUCAACUUGUUUGCAAGCUGUGGCUAAAUUAAGGCCAAGGUUGAAAGCUAGGAGCUUAGCUUAUUGUAAAUUGACUUUAUACGAGUCGUCCACAGCUUAUUUAGGCUGCGUCUUAUUUUCGCUUGUAUAAAUAACCCCAUUACCUCUUAGAAAGCCAAAGCCCUUCACUUUUGGCUUUGUCAGGCUAACUUUUUAUCUGUGUUUGUUAGUCAUUUGGCCCAGGACCGUAUACACCAGAACAACAACAGAAGAUCAACCAAUAUAAAUUGCUUUUCCCAAAAGUCACAGCAGCUCAGGAAUCAGCACAGGUAAGUCUUCCCGUGAAAAAUUCUGUAAAAAAGCAUUAUUCUACAUAAAGCAUUCAGUGCUUCUUGGUGAAAAAACUGCAGAAACUUGUACCACAAUGUCUCGCCUGGAAAAUCUAACCCCUCCGCCUCCUCACACCAUAUAAAGCUGGAUCCUAAAGGACCAUGAUAUCUGAAUUAAUGCAUCCCCUGCCUACCCUUCAAGGCUAUGAGCGCUUUCCAUUAACAUGGCCAGACCGGUCAGAAUGGCCAAAUUGUUGAAUGGAACACAAAACAUUUGGACUUCGAACCUAUCUGACCGGAAAAUUUCGAUAACAUCAGAAUUAAGUCCAUUUUCGCUAGAUAUUUGAGAAACAUAGACCAGAUCUUUCCAUUGAUACAGAGAAAAGAAUUUGGGUCUGACCGUUCAGGCCAGUAAAUGGAAAGUGCCCUAUGUUCUCUCCCUACCAGUACUGUCUCCCUAGAACUGUCUUUGCCAAUGGUGGUAGUGCCAAUCAAACAAAGAAACUUUCAUUGACCAGGAUGCAACUACCUGAAAAUAUAUAAGGAGAAUUUCAAUGUGACUAUUAACUACACACGAAUGGCCUUCGCUCGAAACGUUGAAAUUCUCCUUAUAUAUUAUCAGGUAGCUGCAUCCCUACCAAUGAAAGCUUGUCUCCUAUGGCACAUGUCCUCCCUAUGGGCUCAUUAAAAAAUAAUUUCUUACUAGUAUUUGACGAGACCUCCAGGUUCUAGUGCUCCACUUGUCAUCAUGUCCUCCCCAUCUUCCACUUCAAUGCAAGGACAAGUAUCUUCCGCAGCCCAACCUGUUGUCAUGACAACUUCAAACCUCCGAGGUGUGUCGCCUGUAUUACCACAGGGUGCUGUGCUGAUGCAACAGACUAUUGCAACAUCGUUACAGAAUCAAAUGCAAGGAAACAACCCUGCAUCACAAUCUCCGUCAAAAGUUACAAUUAUUGGUAACAAAGGUUCGUCAUCAUUGUCGCAGCUGUCACUCUUAGCGCAGCAUCCUCAAGGUCAUGCAAGAUCUGCUACCACUCAGAUUCAUAUCAAACCUAACACUAGUGGACCAACAUUUACAACAACCUCUAACCCUGGGGCAACCAUACAGAGACAAGUGUUGCCUGUUCACACUUUGCCAGGUAGUGUAUUUUUUUAUAUUUAGCCAAAUAUAUUCACUUGUUCUAUUUCUUUGGUUGAAAGUUUGGUACAUGAAAGUUUCAAAAUUUGACUAUGAAAUGUUGGAAACAUGAUGACUUUUGUUUAGGUUGGAGCUAGGGUAAUACUCAGGGUGCGAUAAUUCG